CCUGUCAUGCUCUUCACUGGCUCGUCACCUGUAGGUGACACUUGGCUGAUUUAAUUAAUAAAAUUACAAUAAUUUUCUUUUUCUCACUGUCAGAUCUUCCAGAAUUUUCAGUUUACACAUUUUGUAGAAGAGGAUUUGAGCUCUGCCUCUUUUGUUUUUGUGUGCAUCUGGGAACACAAACACAAAAGUUAAAGUUAACUUUGAGGUCUUGCGACUCGGUGUACCUUCAUCCAGGUGGGAAGAUGAGCCGCUCCACCCUGAGACUGAUCUCUCUGCUGCUGUCUCUGAUGCUCCACGGCACAGAUGCAAAGUUGGAAAUUAUACCCGGCAAAGUGGAGGUGCAUGUAGGAGAGGAGAUACUACUGAUGUGUAAAGCAACUCCAGAAGGAGAAAUAACCUGGCGAAAGGACGGAAAUACCAUUGAUGAUGAUGAAACUGUAAAACCCAUAGAUGGAUUAUCGUCCAGCCUAAAUAUUAAGACGGCAACUCUACAAGACGCUGGCACAUACAUAUGUGAAUGUGAAUUCGACAACGGCCACAAUGACAUCGCACGGUCCAUGGUGUUUGUCUACGAGGGUCCAUCUUUUAACGGCACAAAAACAUACCAUGAGUUCCAGGAGGGGGAGAUCGGGUUGGUUCCAUGUCUGGUGACGGGAAAGCCUCAGGUGAAUGUUCUCUGGCUUCGGAACAAUGAAGAAAUCCCUUCUAAUCCAGAAGGUCUGCGCGUGCGUCACUUGCCAAACAACACACUAUAUUUUGCGGAGGUGAAAAGAAAGGAUGCUGGGACAUACACCUGUCACGCUGAAAUCAAUAAAUCGAUUGGACAAAAGCAUCUCGAUGUCUCUGUGGUUGUCAACUUUCCUCCAAAAGUGCUUCCUAAAGAAGAGGUGAUAAAAGUGAGGGCUGGGCCUGAAACAAAUGUCUCCCUGGUUUGUCUGGUGGAGGGUCACCCCACACCUAAUAUCACCUGGACAAUGCCUGUGGCGUUUGACCCUUCACAUCAUCAGUUCAACUCCGACCGCAGCCAGUUGACCAUACUGUCUGUUAGCAGAGCUGACGACGGAGAGUACGUUUGCACUGCCAACAGCAACAUAGCUGCGGACAACGCUACCAUCGUGCUCGAUGUCUUUGAGGCUCCAGGGGUGAAUCUUUCGUUAGAGCGACAGGUGGCAUCAGUGGGUGGGCAAGUGUCCGUCUCCUGUAACGUCUCUGGUUAUCCCCUCCCUGAGCUACACUGGCUCAACAAGUUCAAUGGACGCACAUUGGACUUGACCUCUGGACACAUCCGUGUGCUGGACGGAGUGAUGACAAUCGAAGAUAUAGUGCCCUCUGAUGGUGGGAUUUAUUCCUGCAUGGCUGUCAGCACCUCAGUAAAUGCAUCUCGGGAUUUUGAAUUACUCACCCAGCCUGGUCCUCCUCUCUAUAUGGCAGUUAUACCUGGGCCGACCUCAGUCCAUUUCUCCCUCAAAAUCUUGCCAGUCAACGGAGGUACGCCACUCACCAAUUUUGUCUUGCAGUGGAGAAAGAUUGGAACUGAGAAAUGGAUGGAGAAGACAGUGGCCGUCUCAGAGGGUGCCGUCAUCACUGGCCUCAAGCCUUACACUCAGUACUCAGUACGUUUGGCUGCCUUGAACUCAGUGGGAGUGGGAGAGUUCUCAGACAUCAAAAGUGUUCGAACCCUCGGAAUACGUGAACCAGACAGUCCAGUUCUGUUGCCCAAAAGCAUGAAAGUAGAGAAAAAUUCCGUUACCAUCCCUCUGAAGCAGGAGAACGAUGGUGGGAGUCCUGUGCUGUACUACAUCGUACAGUUCAAACAGGACAAAGAAGGGGCUGAGUUGAAAGAGCAGCGGCUGCCAUCCACUGCAGACAGUGUUGCCCUUCAAGACCUGGCUUUCGGGUCAGACUAUAAAUUGCAGGUUGUGUCGGUGAACGCCAACGGUUCCUCUAUGCCAGUAAUUAUGGACUUCAGCAUCGCUGAAAAGCCUCAGAGCAGCACCAUGACCAAGGGCGGCGUGGCUGGAGUGGUCAUGGUCAUCUUCUUGGUGGUUUUCCUUGUCGUUGACGCCACCUGCUGCUACAGAAACCGCUGCGGCCUUCUCAUGACCAUCGCUGUGAAGCUGUUCGGAAAGAAAAUUCCAGGUCUAAAAAUGGCUGAGGAAUCAAACAAUGGGUAGGUUAGUGCAUUGUUUCCCAAAGACUGGGU